GUAUGACAUGGGUAACACUUCCUGCUUCAACUUCUCUGUCCCAAUCUGUUCUCCUUUAGACAUGAAGACAUAUUUCGACGGCUUAUAUUCCAGCCAGCAGUGAUGACAUGCCAAGCCUCUAGGGAGCGACCGAGAGCCCGAGCUGUUUCUCUCCUGUGCGGAAAAGAGUCUCGUUGGUCGAAGUCAGCAGCUCGACCCUCCCACUCGCAGAAGAGUGACGUGCCAUUCAAUUGCUGCCUGGCCCUUCGCGUGUAGGAAGCAAGAGGGAGCUUUGAGCGUCCUCGUACAGGCGGUUACUAAUUAUAAUAAUAAUAAUAAUAAUAAUAAUAAUAAUAAUAAUAAUCAUAGCAGAUAGAAAAACCGACUACAUCUGUACCGCGUAAAGCAAAGGUGGUGCCGAAGAGUGUCGACAUGGCGAUCCGAAAGAAGACCACCAAGAAUCCGCCAAUGCUGAGCCAUGAGUUUGUCAUCCAGAACCAUGCAGAUAUUGUUUCCUGCCUGGCUAUGGUGUUCCUUCUCGGGCUCAUGUUUGAGGUCACUUCAAAGUUUGCUGUGUUAUUCAUAACUGUCCAGUACAAUGUCACCAUAUCAACAAAUGAACCAGAGGAGACGACCGUGAACCACUUCCACCAUGGCAUAAAGGACUUGGCCACCACCUUCUUCUACAUGCUGGUGGCCAUCAUCAUGCAUGCCAUUAUCCAGGAGUAUGUGCUGGAUAAAAUCAACAGGAAGAAGCACUUCUCCAAAACCAAGCACAGCAAGUUCAAUGAGUCGGGCCAGCUCAGCACCUUCUACUUGUUCUCCUUUGGCUGGGGUGCAAGCCUCCUGCUUUCUGAAAACCUCCUGUCCAAUCCAGUCAGCCUGUGGGAGGGUUAUCCCCAUACACUGAUGCCAUUCCAGUUGAAAUUCUUCUUUGUUUGUCAGCUGGCCUACUGGUUACACGCUCUGCCAGAACUGUAUUUCCAAAAGACUAAAAAGGAGGAUAUUCCACGCCAACUUGUGUACAUCUUCCUGUACCUGGUCCACAUUGCAGGCGCCUACAUUCUGAAUCUCAACCGUCUGGGUCUGGUCCUGCUGGUGUUGCACUACUUUGUCGAGCUCCUGUUCCACGUUUCCCGACUGAUCUACUUCAGCAACGAGAGCAGACAAACUGGUUUCACCAUAUGGGCCGUCUUGUUUGUGCUCGGCCGGCUGCUCACCCUGUCCUUGUCCGUCCUCACCGUGGGCUUUGGCCUCGCCACAUCUGAGAAUCAAGGCUUUGAUUUGGCUGCAGGGAACUUUAAUGUUAUUUUUGUUCGGAUAACCGUCCUGGCUGCCAUCUGCCUCAGUCAGGCCUUCAUGAUGUGGAAAUUUAUCAACUUCCAGCUGCGCCGGUGGAGAGAGCAUGCCCAAGCCCAGACUUUGAAAAAGAAACCAGUUCCUUCCAAGAGCAAAUCAAAGAAAGACAAAGCCAAUGGAGUAAAUGGCGUGAACGCUCACGCAGGCGAUUCACCAAGAGCAAGAAAGGAGAAGUCGUCAUAAAUACAUUCCCCUCUAUCGCGUCCUUCCCAAAGAACCAUCUCAGCCCGUGCUUUCGGGGCUGUAUCCGACCAACAGUCCCUCCAGCGCCUCGCUCACAAUUUGCAUCUUCAUCUCCCAGAAAGGACUGACCUCCCAGCUGGACUUCAAGAGCCAGAAUGCAUUUAGCUUUGCUUGUCGGCAGUCGUCCAGCACGCCUUGAUUUAAGAAUCAUUGCUCUGCUGUGCCACUUUGAAUAAAAACAUAACUAAUUCCCAAACUAUGAAAAAAGAAGUGCCUAUUGAUACAGAUUGUUUUGUAUAAGGUGUGUAAAAAUUCAGGAAUAAUGCCUUCAGUGUUCAAUGUUUCUCCCAAGUCAGGUCAUGUCAUGCUUUUUUCCAAAACAAUGUGUAUUCCAGCUUGUGAUUUAUUUCCCUAUUUUCUUGUAUUUAUAAGUGCUAGCAGCUCCUCUUCUUUGCCACUGACUCCUGCCCUUCUUUGGAGAGAUAUUUGUAAAAAAAAAAUAAUAAUCUGAAUUUCCUAAUAAUAUCUCUUAUUUUUCCCAUCAGUGAAGGUUGCAUACAGUCCUGUUAUAAUCUCUGGGUUCACGCCACAGACUGUUCAGACUCACACAGCAGGACACUGUUACAAUGUUUUUACUGUGUCACUGCCCAACAGACAUCUGAAGAUGGAAAGCAAAGUAGAGGAUUUUCAAUAUCCAUGCAUGGAAUACGAUAGGGGAGUGUGCAUAAAAGCAGGAAACCGGAGCCAUCUCUCUGUCCUACUAUACGUAUAUUCAGUUAAGUAUAGUGCAAAACUGCCACUAAAGCUGUAGUGACCUGAUGUAGCAUUUAAUUAUCUUAGUUCAGAGCAGCUUUUAGACACAAAAGAACAUAUCUCUUGCCAUUAAAUGAUGCGCACUCUAUUGCCAGUAUGCCUAUAACACUGUCAUUAAUCGAACACACUGUGUUUUAGUUUUGAGAUAUGA